AUGAAACAAGAAGAUCGACUCAUACCUAGUCGAAUUGGGAUUCAUCAAUGCAAAUCUGAGUAUUGUGUUUAUGUUCAGGUUAUAACACAAGAUAAAACAAUUAUCUGCUUAUAUGUCGAUGACUUACUAGUAACUGGAAAUAACUUGGAGAACCUGUUGAAGUUCAAAGAGCUGAUGAAGAAGGAAUUUAAAAUGUCGGAUUUAGGAAAGUUGUCGUACUUCUUAGGCUUGGAAUUUCAAAUGUCGAAACAAGGUAUGAUGCUACAUCAAAGAAAGUGUGUCAAAGAGAUACUCAAGAUAUUCCGGAUGGGUGAUUUGGCUCAUGCAUCUUCACUUGUCGAACUAAACUUGAAGUUGGAUAAGCCUGGAGAGAAAGACCAAAUUGAUACAACUUUGUUCAAACAAAUUGUCGAAUCUCUUAGAUUUGUGUGCAAUAGUUGA